AGAGGUUAUGUUUUUAACUUGUUUCCUCCUCAGUUAUGCAGUGCCAGCCUGGGGUGAAUGACUUCAAGCUGAGUCCAAGAUGUCCUUAAAGAGGCUCAUUCAGCAGAACCGCAAGGCCAGCUGCGGGAGCUAUGGAGUGAAUUCAGCUUACAGCCCCAGCUUAGAACCCAUUGGUAGCCCGAAACUGGACAACAAAAGUACCGAGAUCUUCCCAAAGUCAGUGGAGACUUUGUCCAGGGACCUCAAGCAGCUUGCUCUAAGCAGAACAACUUCUUUGGGUGACUUUUCUGGCCCACAAAGAAAGUCACUUAGAAUCUUUAAAGAAGAUAAUGAAACAUUUGGAUUUGAAAUUCAGAUGUUGCCUUUCCAGUGCCACAGUAGUCAGUUCUUGGAAAUGUGUGCUUAUGUUUGCAAAGUGAAAGAAGGAAGCCGUGCCUCACUUUCUGGACUUCAAAAUGGCUACAUCUUGAUGACUAUCAACGGAGUGAGCACAUUGGGCCUCAAUCGCAAGCAAAUGGUGGACAUGAUCAAAUCAUCAAGGAAUCUUUUAAGGUUGGAUGUUGUGAAUGAAGCCUUGAUCAUAAAGCAAAUGGAACUGGAAACUAAGUUGCAAUUUUUGAAGAAAACUUUGCAAGAAAAAGUAAUAGAAUUCCAGUCUCUGUGCUUACAAGAACAACGCCUUUCCAAUGGUGAAGAAUGCUCACCAGUAGAUUCGGGGUGUUUAGAAGACUCAAAUUUACUUGUAGAUUAUAUUGGGUUGGAGUCAGUAUGGGCAAACAAACCUCGCUAUUCCAGUGAAAGCAGUUGUUUGAGUCGCUUGAGCUCCAUGACGGUGGACAGUGAGGACAGCUUCUAUCAGACCUGUGUUUUUGACGAUACUUCCAGUGGGAGGUGUAGCCGGCAGUCCAGCAUGGAGGAUGACUGCUUUUUGCCAAGGGACACUGAUGCCAUUCCUGGGAAGACUUCACUCAGAAGAUCCAGGAGCAUUAGUGUGUCUAGCAAUGGACCUGGCUCACCCUUGUCCCAGGAUAGAGGAAGCUCCUCCAGUGUUUUUGGGACACUCCCACGAAAAAAUAGAAAGGGAAGCGUUCGAAAGAGGCUGAUGAAUUUUAUCCCUGGCCUUUACCGAGCUGUGGAAGAAGAAGAAAGUCGAGUCUGAUGGCUGAAGCCACUCUAGAACUCUAGGCACAGGUGGACAUUGGUUAUGUCAUCAUAAAGUGGCUGAACUUCAGACUUUUGUUCAGUGAAGUCAGCAUACGUCCAACCAACAGUUCAUACUGAGAGACUUUCAUAUUUCCUGAAACAGUACUGACAACAGUGUUGUUGUUGUUGUUGUUGUUGUUGUUGUUGUUGUUGUUGUUGUUGUGUGUGUGUAUUGAAGACAAGUGGGGAUGGAUAUUUACUAUUUUCUAAUAAAAUCAGUACUGUGGAUUUGGCAGAGUAAUAUACAGCAAUGACUAGAAAUGCAUAUUCCUUGACAGUACUGUUUCCCCAAGUUUAUUAUUUGUAUUAAAAAGAAAAUUGGGCAUACAGGUAGAUCUCCCAUAUCUUUGAGGGAAGUGUUCAGACCACAAUGACAUAAAACUGCAAAUAUUGAAUAUCAUUACAUUACCUGAUUUCUAGUAAUGGUGUUGCAUAGAAGGACCUAAGAUUCUAGAGAGGUAUCAUGUCUCUACAAAUAUUAUUUUUCCUGGGCACAGGUAAAAUGAUAUGGGUCCCAUUGUUAUGGGGGACUUAGUGUAUUAUUUUUAGGCUAUACUGCCAUAUAAUGCAGUUUGAACUGCUUUAUGUAGUUUGCACUGACCAUAUAAUGCAGUUCAAACUGCAUUAUAUGGCAGGGUAGAUCCAGCCAUGGUUCACUCAACUGGCAUUAACACAGUAUUUCCUUUCUGCUAUUGUUAAGAACUCAUAACUGUCCAUCCUUGGUUUUAAUAUCCUUUGUUUGUCAUGUGGAAGAACCAGAACUAAUUAUUCCUUGAGCCACAGGGAGAGGCAGGAAAGAAUGAUGAUAGUAAUAAUAAUAAUAAUUACAAGGCAAGGUAAAGAAGUCAUCUUGGAUAUCAUACACAACAUGGUACAGGUUUGUAUCACCCUUCCACCCCCCCCCCCCCAACCCUUGAUCCAUUUUCCUGUUAGAAGUAGAGAUAUGUUCUAUAGAGUAAAUAAUUGCGAACUAAGGCAGUUCAAUUUGCCAGUGUUUGUAUGUUUGUGGACAUUUUCUGCACUUGCCUUUUUACAGCAUUGAUUGUAUUCAAAGUUGAAAAUUAGAGGGAGGAAGAUUAUGUGGUUCAGGCCCGCACAGAUCCCCUAUAUCUCAUUUUUAAAAAUAUAUAUAUUAAAAAAUUGCCCCAAAAUCUGGGUUUUGUCCAGCAAUUGCACAUUGGGGCCAUAAUUUUAUUCCAAAACAUGCUCCCCACAGCAAUAAUAAUAUAAUAAAUUUAAACUUUAAAAUUGACUUAAGAAUGGGAAUAUUCUUGCUGUCUUCAAAAAUUGUAACAGUGUAGCUUAGAAUAGAGAGGUGCACAAAAUGAACUUCUAUCCCCAAGUUAAACAUACAGGUCCAUACACUGGAGUCCUGAAACUGGCUACUGCUCCCUGUUGGGUAUACAGUUUGGAAGAACCCAGAAGUCCAACACCUCUAAAAAUAACAUUUUAGACGACACUUCCCUAAACAAUCCACAUAGCUAGUGAUCCAAGUUGUGAUAUCACCACAAGACAGAUAUGACUCACCAUCCCUGACUAUAGACACCCCUAGCAUUACAUUUAGGUGAGAACAUGAUUUCUGUAGAAGCAUUCUUGGUUUCUUGCUUAGAAUAGCAGGAGAAAGAGAGGAAGUGGUUUGCUGCCACAUCACUGUAAAACGUCAGCUGAUGCCACAAUCUCACUCGCCUUACGAUAAUGAGCAGUGCUGAAAUGAGGGCUGUCAACUGUCAGUUUCCCUUACUGGGCAUUGGUCCUUUGAGCAAAAUCAUUCUGGGAAGGGAAGAAGGAGCUCUGGAUAGUUGCAUUACCUCAAUCUUUACAAACCUCUUGCUAAGGAAGAUCAACAUGUUUCCAAUCACAUGUAAAUGGCUGUUAAUGAUGUUUUGGCAUCAUUUCACUGUUCCCUUCCCUCUGCUUUCCUCCUCUGGUAUGUCUCUUCUUCUGAUUUGUAAAAGGACAGUGCUUAUGUUUUAUUUUUAUUUAUAUGCAGAGCAGGCAAGCAAUAUAGCACAUUGAAUUCGAAUUGUUCUGAGCAGAAUUAUAACAUGAGAAUAAAUGAUGUCCAAGAUCUCAG